UCUCCGCUUCGCUCCUUCCCCGGUGAGGGCGAGGGUAACUCGGGCUCCCCUCGGCGUCCCCGCAGCAUCUCACCCGUGCCAAGUUGAGCCGUGCGGGACGGCGUCGGUUGCAGCUCCGCCGCUAGCCGCGGGGUGUGGGAGUGCUGCUGACAGAGCGAUUAGAAAGCAGUCUGAGCCAUGGCUUCAGCAGUCCUCAGCUCUGUUCUCACUACUGCCUCUCGGUUUGCCCUGUUACAAGUCGACAGCGGCAGUGGUUCUGAUUCUGAGCCCGGAAAAGGCAAAGGUCGGAAUAAUGGGAAGUCUCAGACUUUGGGAAACAAAUCAACUACAAAUGAGAAAAAGAGAGAGAAAAGAAGGAAAAAGAAGGAGCAGCAACAGAGCGAGGCAAACGAGCUCAGGAACCUUGCUUUUAAGAAAAUUCCCCAGAAGUCCUCCCAUACCAUUUGCAAUGUUCAGCCUGAGCUUUCCUUGCCGACCCCAGCACAGAAGGAGUCACGGGAAGAAAACUGGCAAGAGUGGAGACAGAAAGACGAACAGCUGACAUCUGAAAUGUUUGAAGCUGAUCUUGAGAAGGCGUUGUUGCUGAGUAAAUUAGAAUAUGAAGAGCACAAACAGGAUUAUGAAAAUGCUGAAAAUGCUUCAACUCAGUCAAAAGUUAUAAAUAAAAAAGAUAAAAGAAAGAACCAGCAGGGAAAAGACAAACCUCUCACAGUGUCCCUAAAAGAUUUUCAGUGUGAAGAUCAUACUAGUAAAAAGACAGAGGAAUCGAAUUCUUCUCAGACUUUAUCACAUGAUGGGGGAUUCUUCAAUAGACUGGAAGAUGAUGUUCACAAGAUUCUUAUUAGAGAAAAAAGAAGAGACCAACUUACAGAAUAUAAUGGAACAGAUCAUUGUCCUGCUCCCGAGCACAACCAGGAAGUGGGUCUGAAAGACGGGAGAAUUGAGAGGCUGAAGCUCGAACUCGAAAGGAAAGACGCUGAAAUUCAGAAGCUCAAAGCUGUGAUCACCCAGUGGGAGGCAAAGUAUAAAGAAGUAAAAGCCAGAAAUGGACAAUUAUUGAAAAUGCUUCAGGAAGGAGAAAUGAAAGACAAGGCAGAGAUCCUUCUGCAGGUGGAUGAGUCGCAGAGCAUCAAGAAUGAGCUGACGGUCCAGGUGACGUCACUUCACGCUGCAUUGGAACAAGAAAGAUCUAAAGUGAAAGUAUUGCAGGCAGAAUUAGCCAAAUACCAGGGCGGCAGAAAAGGGAAGAGGAACGCUGAGUCUGAGCAGUGUAGGUGAUUACGGUGCCUUGAGAUCGCACACAGCGCUUUCAGGGUUGUGCGGGAAUGUGAACAUUUGAUGCUGUGCAGCUGCUACACUGGGCGGUGUUUGUGGAAGGGACUAAAAGCAAUUAGCUCACUCAUAGUCUACAGUUUUAUGUUCUUUUGGCUUAAAAGAAAAUAUAGAAUACCAGCAGAACUUGAUUAUUGUUUUCUGUCCAGACUUCUUAUGACUUUAGUUUUUCAUCAGUCAAUAAAAUUAAUUUACUCUUCCA